UGGAGCUCAGAGCGCUAUCGACCUUUAAAGCGCCCGGAGAGAGGAGCAGCUCAGACUGGGAGAGGGAGUGCGAUCCUCGGCAGUGUUCUGAGACUGCACUCGACCAAUCCCACCAGCACCAGUACCGGUACCGGUACCAGUACCGGAGAACUACCGCACAAACCCCCCGGACUCAGCAUGGACCCUCAGCAGGGGAGAUAACCACUGGUGGAUGUUCUGAGUUCCAGUUGAGUUGAGUUGCUGUUUAGAGUUGAGUUGAACUGAGUUGAGUUGAACAGAGUUGACUUGAAUAGAGUUGAGUUGAACAGAGUUGAGUUGAAUAGAGUUGAGUUGAACAGAGUUGACUUGAAUAGAGUUGAGUGAAGGACGUUCUUCGAGCUGGAUCUUCUCUCCCACAGGACUCAACCAUGACCUCAGAGAAAGAGAAGAGAAGGCACCCGUCGGAGCGGCGGAAGGAGAAGUCGCGGGACGCGGCGCGCUGCAGACGCAGUAAAGAGACGGAGGUGUUUUAUGAACUGGCUCAUCAGCUGCCCCUCCCUCACAGCGUCCGCUCACACCUGGACAAAGCCUCCAUCAUGAGACUCACCAUCAGCUUCCUCCGCACACGCAAACUGCUGGCAUCAGGCUGCAUGGGCCGACAGCCGAAAGAGGACAUGCAGAUGGACGCUCUGUACCUGAAGAGUCUGCAGGGCUUUGUUGUCGUGGUGACGUCAGAAGGGGACAUGAUCUUCCUCUCGGAGAACGUCAGUAAAUUCAUGGGUCUGACACAGGUGGAGUUAACGGGACACAGCAUCUUCGAUUUCACGCACCCCUGCGAUCACGAGGAGAUCCGGGAGAACCUCAGCAUUAAAGCAGGGCCGGUUUAUGGCAGGAGGUGUAAAGAGCUGAACACGGAGAGAGAUUUCUUCAUGAGGAUGAAGUGUACAGUUACCAGCAGAGGACGUACCGUCAACCUCAAAUCAGCCACAUGGAAGGUUCUCCACUGUACAGGUCAUUUAAAGGUGUACACCAGCUGCCCCCCGCACGUGUUAUGUGGAUUUACGGAGCCCCCCCUCACCUGUGUGGUCAUGUUAUGCGAGCCAAUCACAAACCCCUCCAAUGUGGACACGCCCCUCGACAGCAAAACCUUCAUGAGCCGACACAACAUGGACAUGAAGUUCAUCUACUGCGACGAGAGGGUGAGAUCUCUAAUGGGCUACAGGCCUGAAGAUUUGGUUGGACGCUCUGCGUAUGACUUCUACCAUGCGCUGGACUCCGACAGCAUGACCAAGAGCCACCAGAAUCUGUGUGCUAAAGGGCAGGCGGUGAGCGGGCAGUACCGGAUGCUGGCCAAACAUGGAGGCUACGUGUGGGUGGAGACUCAGGGCACAGUGAUCUACAACAGCCGUAACUCUCAGCCGCAGUGCAUCGUCUGCAUCAACUAUGUUCUCAGUGAAAUUGAAGAGAAAACCAUCGUCUUCUCCAUGGACCAGACGGAGGCGCUGUUCAAGUCCCGCGACAUGCUGGGCGCCGGCGAACUCUUCUGCCAGGCCGGCUCGGUGUCGGACCCGGAUAGCCUGCUCUUCAACAAGCUGAAGGAGGAGCCCGAGGAGCUGGCACAGCUGGCGCCCAUGCCUGGAGACGCCAUCAUUGCCCUGGACUUUGGUCAGAACGCCCCCCGUCGCUACUUCUACCCCCACAACAACUUCAGAAGGCCACAGUUUGAAGAGCAGUCCAUCUUCUACAAAUAUCCCUGUCAGACUACAGGCAGCAAACUGUGGAAAAUGGACUCUCCAGCUUCCAGCUCCGACAGCGGCCUGCCCAGAACCCUGUCCGACUCCAUGCCCAGCCUGAACAACAUCAGCAGCUGCUCCACUCCUGAGAGUUCAGGAGGAGAUUUUUACGGCACCGGAGAGAAUGAGCUGAAAGUAGAGCUGACAGAAAGACUGUUCGCCCAAACCACCGAGUCCAACAGUCCCACUGAUACACAGUUUGAUCUGAAUGAUCUGGAUCUGGAGACGCUGGCUCCCUACAUCCCUAUGGAUGGGGAAGACUUCCAGCUGAACCCCAUUGGUCAGGAGGAGCCUCUGCCUGAGGCGUGUCCGAGUCUGUACCCCACCCCCCAGCACAGCUUCAACUGCGUCACCCGCCUCUUCCAGCCCCUCGCCCCCUUCACCCCUGACACCAAGACCUGCCCCAGCACCUACCCCAACCCAGACAUCCUGCCCCCAUACCAGAGCCCUGCCACCACCCCGCUGCCCUCCAGAGGGGGCCGGCAGAACCUGCAGUGGCCCCCAGAGUCCUCUCUACAGUAUGGAGGACCGGAGCUGGACGGACAGAAUCUGACAUGUGCUCAAAACCAGCAAAGAAUUUUUGAAGACUUCGCUAAGCCAUGUGAUGACCUGGGCCUUGAUCAGAUUCCACCGUCCGCCAAUUUUAAACGCAAGAGGCAGACCGUGUUCAGCUCCUCCUGCUCUUUCUCAAACACCCCUCAGGAGGGAAUUCCUCGUAGCGAAUCGAUGGAAGACUUGUGGAAGCGAAUGAAGACGAUAACCAAUGACAACUGUGCCUUUACCGCCAGAAACCCCACCAGCUCUGCAGUGCUUGAAGACACUUUCUCAUCCAGACCAGCAGCGGUGGAUUCUCAGAUCAGUGGAAAUCAGCUUCCUCCAGACAAGCCGAGCUUCAGAGAGCACAAACGGCCUUUCACUGAGCAUUUCUGCCCCCCUGAAUUCAAUCAGUACAGCAUGCUGCCCUCCCCCAAACCCACAGGGAUGACGAGUCGACUGCUGGCUCCGUCGUUUGACUCGUUCUGUCUGACGGAGCUGACGCAGUACGACUGCGACGUGAACGUGCCGCUGCAGGGGAACCUCCACCUCCUGCAGGGCAGCGACCUUCUCAAAGCUCUGGACCAGGCCACAUAGAACCAGAACCAGAACCAAGAGAACCACCCUGACCCGGUCCUUCAGCCAAUACUGUGCCUAACAAUCAGCAUGCCUCACUCUCAACAGCUGCCUUUACCACACACCCAGAGACUACACACACACACAUUUAUAUACACACACACAAACACACACAACACGACACGGAUGUAAUGUGUAUUAUAUUUUUAUCUAAGAGUUGUUACUUGUUUAUAAGACUGUAUACUUUUACUGAUCUCUCUACGUGUUGCAUAUUUCGCUCGUGUUCAAGCAUAUUGAAGACAAUAAUGUAUUCAAAUAUAGAAAGUCUAUAAAAAAAUACUACAUCUGCCAGUUGUUCUUUCACUGGUGCAAUUUCUCCGGUCACUACUAAUGUACAUAAAAAUCACGUUUCAUAUUCGUCUUUUAAGUUCAAUUGAAAAAAAUUGCAGAUAAUUUUGCAAUAGUUUCAUAAUAUUUUUUUGGGGGGGCAAAAAGAUAUGAAGUGAAUCGCAUCAGCAAAAAGUGGACGAUUAUGAAUCCAGAUUAUAUUCAGAUAAAAAAAAUACUACAAAAUACGCAAGGUUUGAAAUGAAAAACUCUUAAAAAUAAGAUUAUUACUGUAUUUUUCGGAUUCGAAUCCGGUGCACCGGAUUAUAAGGCGCAUUAAAGGAUACCUACAUCGAAGUGAGCUAGAGUGUCGCCAUGUUUCCUUUCUAAUGGGGAAGCUGAAGGAAGGUGCCUAAGUAAAUAAAACUUGCAAAUUAUAAAAAAGGUUAAUUUGGGUGAGUAAAACACUUCUGUUUAUUUACAGUAAGCUUAGAUUUCCAAUAUUUUACCUAAGGAUGAGUUUCAGUGAAGCUUCUCCAUCACUAAGGGUAGGGGCAGCAGCUUUAGCGUUAGCCGCUAAUCGCAUAUAAUAGCUCUGCGGUUAGCGGCUAAUGCUAAUGCUGCUGCACCUAGCCUUAGUGCUGGAGAAGCUUCACUGAAAACUCAUCCUUAUAACUCUGUACUUCAGAGGAGUGGCUUUACUGCUCCUUAAUACCUGACUGGUAGAAUUUAUACAUAAGGAACACUGGAUUAUAGGGCGCACUGUCAAUUUUGGGGAAAAUGAAAGUAUUUUAAGUGUCCCUUAUAGACCGAAAAAUAUGGUAAUGGUGCUUUAAAAGUUUAUAUAUAUAUAUAUAUAUAUAUAUAUAUAUAUAAAAGGUUCUUUGAGCGAUGCCAAAGUGGAACCACUUCUGGUUCAUCUAAAAAUGUUUAAUCACAUUUAAUUAUGUAGGCUAUGUACUGGCAAUCGAUAGGGCUGGGCAAUUAAUCGAAACAUUGAUCUAAAAAGGAUUCCCAUAAUGCUUUACUCACUGUGUGUGUUCACAUACUUCCACAUUAUAUAUAGUAACGAAACUCCUCCCCCUUCCAGUCUGCAAUUCUGAGACAACAUUGGGUAGAAUAGAAAACCAGAUGAGCAACUUGAGCAAAAAUACCAAAUCCUUUAAAAUAUAUUUCAAAUAAAUCGUUAUCAGUCAUACAUUUUUUUAAAUAAAAACAUUGAUAUAUUUUUCGCUUUGUUUCAAGGCAAGGCAAGUUUAUUUAUAUAGCACCUUUCAUACACAAUGGUCAUUCAAAGUGAUAAAAUUACAAAUGAGAAAAUUAGCAGCCAUCAGCAGCCGAAGUCCGAGCGAGCACAAUUUGCUAUGCUCAAUCUGGGUGGGUACAGCAGGUGGCGCUGUCUUCCCACAGCACUCCUAGUGAGAUGUUGGUCAGCACAGGCGUCUGUAAGCUGAUGUAUCAUAGCUGGGGAUCCGGCGCUUUCCUCAGAGUGUGUUUUUUGUGCUGCCUGUUGCUAUACUGUAAUCAAGGCGAAAUUCUAAAAACUGAAUCAAAGAAAACUUUAAUUAGUAUUCAGUCAAAAAAGCACAGUCUAACGAGAGAGUACAGCACUGCCCUCUAGUGGGCGGGGUUUAAACCCAACACUAAAUGAACCACUUCUGACACCGAUCUUUACAGUAUUUUUACAUCCACAAAAAUGCUUCUUCUGGAACCAAAAGUGAUCAUUUUAAGGCAUCGCUCAAAGAACUCUUUUUUUUUUUGCACUCUUAUUUUUAAGGGUAUAUCUUUCUUUUUAAAAAUUGCUUUUCUCAAUUUUCUCUUUCUAUCACAUUCCCCCAAUCCAUCCUCACGAUGACAACGAUGCUGUACGUUUCAUAGCUUUCCUCCACAUCUUGUGAAGCACUUUAUUUAAAAUAGCAAACAACGGACCCACAACCGAGAGACUCCGUGUUUCUGGAGACCAAAUAUAAAACAAGGCAAUACUUCGAUCAACCCUGAUUUGAGGUUUUGGUCAAUUCCUCAAAAAAACUGCAUCUUCUCUCAACCGCAGCUCAGAUCACACAGCGCUAGCCGGUGAUGGCCGAGUCCAGGUAGCUUCAUUUAGCGAAUCUGUUUCCCGUUAUUUAGUGUUCAUCACUGGACGUGGUACUUUGGUCUGCAGCAGUAGACUGACACGGAGUGGAACCUGCAGCUAGAUUUCCACUUAUUUGUGUUUUUAAUAUGGUUAAAAGUGAUAUAUUGCAUUGAUUGUAUUAUAUUAUGUGUUGUGCUGAUGAUAUACGCCGUCUGAUACUGUGGAGCUCCUGUAUCUUUGAUCUGAGGUUUAUAGAAUGAUUUGUAUGUAAGUCUAUAUAUAUAUAUAUAUAUAUAUAUAUAUAUAUAUAUAUAUAUAUGCUUUUUAAAGGAUAUAUACUGUAUGAUCAUAUAGAAAUUAUAUAAAUGCGCAAAACAGUGGCAUAAAUUAACAGUAAAUGAAACCGUUUUAAGCUAUUCCACUUCUUCAUUAUGUAGCAGUUUAGAUAAAUCUAAAAAACUUAUACACACAUAUAUUCAUUUAUAAAAGUAUAAAAUAUGGAGCUUAAAAGUUAUAUAAUUUAUUAUACACAUAUUUGAAUGUCCCUUUUAUAUAUUUGAAUUAAAUGUAGCUAAAACGCUUUUUUAUUUGUGAAAAAUACAUUUCAAAAUCAGAUCUCUAUAUUUUUAGGUUUCACAGAUCUACCAGAUGUUUAAAUUCAGGCCUACAUUUAUAUGACUUUAUUUUGAAUCAAUUCAAUGUUUUAUUCAAAAAAAAAUGUGAAUUUGAAUUUUUUUAUUCUAAAAAAAAUAUGUAUCACAAUUUUUUAUCAAAAAAGAAUAUGGAUCAGAUUUUUUUAUUUAAAAAAAAUGCAUCUGUUUAUUUAUAAAAAAAUGUGGAUCAGAUUUUUUUUUUACUGAAAAAAAUAUAGAUCUGAAUUUUUUAUUAAAACAAUUAUGUAUCUUUUUAAAUAUCUGUUUUGAAAUAUGUUUUUUCAACAGCAAAUUUAUGAAUCCGAUUUUUUUUAUCUGAUUUGUUUUUAUCUGAAAAUGUAUGAAUAUGAUUUGUUUUAAACCUAAACAUUUAUUAAUCUGAAAUUUUUAUCUGAAAAUGUAAUAAUCAGAUUCAUUUUUUUUUAUUUGACAGUUUAUGAAGCUGAUUUUUUUUUCUAAAAUUCUAACAUUUUAAAAAUGUACAUUUUUCAAAAGUAAAUUUCACCACCAUGCAAAAUAUUUAUGAAGCAUCUAAAAUUAAAAGUAAAUUAAAUUUAAAUAUACAAAAGGCAGAUUCUAAUUUGUCAGCUUUUAAGCUCCAUAGAAUUAUUAUUGCAUUGUGUUGCGUGAGUAUGUUUUACUUUGGCCAAUAAAUAUUAUUUAUAUAUAUAUUUUAUUUAAACAUGGUGAAAUAGUGAAAUUACCUGCCAGUCAUAGUGGAGUGCCACCUGCUCAGUUAACCCACUGGCGCAGCUUUCGGCACACAGAAACGAAAAACAAAUAAAAACUGAGAAAAACACAAAAAAUAUACUAGAAAUAUAUCCUCCCUUUUAAUGUGAAAGCUGUUUUAAACUAGUUUGAACUUUACAUGCAUUUAAUGACUGUGUAUAAUGUUGAUGGAGCCAAUAUUUAACUUAAAAUGUGCCAGUAACUCAACUUUUAACAUCUUUUAUGUUUCUUUUAUUGUUUUUUUUUUUUUUUUUUUUUUUUUUUGGGGAGUGGGCAUAUAUAAUCAAAUUACUGUAAUGAUGGAUUCUUCAGCCAGACUGCCUUUUUUCAAUGUCCUGAGUGUGUAUAUAUAUACAUACAGUAUAUAUAAAUAUAUAAAUAUAAAAUCAGUGCUUUUUACAGGGUGUUUUUAAAUAAUCAUGGAGGAGGUUUGAUGUUUUUUCCACGAUGCUGAGAUUAAAACAGAGACUGAAACCAGUGCAAUGAAACUAGGCCAACAGCCUACAUGACGAAGCCGAGCCCCGGUGACUUUUAACCUGAAGCCGUCAGCAUCCUGCAACCUCCUCCAAAGCCUCUACAGCCUCAAACUCUUUUUAAAGCUGACUAGUUCAAAAAAAGAACUAAAAAUUAGUGAGCAAAUCAAUACCAAAUACUGUAUACCGUGUAUAUAAAUAUAUAUAUGUUACAAAUUAGUAUUAGAAUUACUUGGAAUAUAUUGUGUUGCUUUAACUUACUGUACAUUAAAGCUUUAAAAUUUAAAGUUAAAAGCAUUGCCUUCUUCUAUAAAGUUGUUAAAAACUAUCAGACAUUAUACCAGGUUUUGUUGAGAUAUAAAUGUGUUCUAUAUUUUUUUUAUGCUGUAACUUUUAUUUUCUUUCAAAUUUACUGACAAGGGCUCAUUUUCCCAAAAGCAUCUUCAUGUUAAAACUUCUUCACUACUAGCAAAGAAAUUCAGCAUUUGACUUUUAUCCUUUUUUAUCCCUUUUAACGUAAAAUUAAAGUAAAAAAUGCAAAAGUUUGCUUGAAAUGUGAGAACAAUUGGAUUUGUACGGAUGUGCCUCAGUCUAGAUGCUCUGGACACGCAAAUAAGCUAAAAAAAAUUUUCUUGAUUUAAAAUUAAAAGUUAAAAUAAAAAAAAAUUUAAAGCUCUAAUUUAGAUCUGUUUUUUUAUCGGAUUUUGUCUGAUUUUUUAAAAAAUGUAAAAAUGUAUGCAUUUGAUUUUUAAACUUUCAAAUGUAUGCAUUUAAUUUUUUAAAACCUAAAAAAUUAUGUAUCUGUUCUUUUAAAGCCUAAAAAACCCGCCUCUGAUUUUUUUAAAACCUGCAAAUUUAUGCAUCUGAAUUUUUUUAACCUAAACAUUUAUGCAUCUGAAUUUUUUUAACCUAAAAAUGUAUGCAUCAUUUUUUUAACCUAAAAAUUUAUGCAUCUGAUUUUUUAAAGCCUAAACAAAUGUAUGCAUCAGACCUAAAACAUUUAUUUAUUUGAUUUUUAAAAACAAACAAAAUAUGGAUAUGAUAUUUGUUUCACCUUAAAAUUGCAUUGAUCUGAUGUUUUAAAACCUGAACAUAUAUGGAAACCUAAGACCUGAUAUUUUAAAUCUAAAAAUUGUAUGACUCUCAUUAUUAACUUAAGUUAUAUUAAAUAUCACCUCAAAAGCUGAAACAAUUAAAGUAAGGUUAGCAUUAAUUUGGUAAAGAUUGGUUAAGAUUCUUUUGGGAAAUGCAGCUCAGAUCAGCGUUGUGUUAUCAUCUAUAUGAGGGUAUUUUGUCCUGUGAAAGUCUGUAUUGAUCAGCUUUUGAAGCCUUAUACUCACAUCUGCUGAUUCUGUGCAUUUAUAGAUAUGGGUAUAGAUAUUAUUAUUGAUCUGUUAUAGUCUAUUGGAACUUGUAUGGGAACCAGAUAGAAGAUUGUAUAACUGAUUAUUAAAGUAUAUUAAGAAAAAUA